UUGUGUUCAAUGGUUUGAUCUGUACUUACGAUUAGUCACUUCUACCCUCGUACAAGAACCGAAAAAGGGGAAAAAUGUUUUCUAGUAAACAAUGCCUUAUGGAUCGUAAAAGUUCUAGCUGAUGAAAUGGCCUCUCCGUCUUUCAGAUACGCUUUUCGUAGAUAUUGAAAGAUGUAUCGAAGUGGAUUGAAGAACGUUACGCCGUUCAGGUCCUCAAGCCUUCGCAACAAAUUUUUGCCAGUGUUAUCGAGAAUUUCUCCACUGUUUCCGACCCCACUCAGCAGACAACAAACCACAAAGAAUAGUCUGCACACAGAUGCUGGCUUACCUUCCAAAGCAGAGAUUGUGAUUUGUGGAGGUGGUAUCAUCGGCUGUUCUGUUGCUUACCAUUUGUCUAAACUUGGCUGGAAUGAUAUCAUACUGCUAGAGCAAGGAAGCCUGACAUGUGGAACAACAUGGCAUGCUGUAGGACUGAUCGGCAAAAUGCGCGCAACAAGCUCUGAAACAGCGCUAUCCAACUAUGGCACCGAACUUUACCAAAAGCUGGAGGAAGAAACUGGACUAGCAACAGGUUUCAAAACGUGUGGCGGGAUGUAUGUGGCAAGGACGGAGGAGCGUAUGACUCUACUUAAGAGAAACGAAGCAAAGUGCAGGAUGUUUGGRAUCCAGGCAGAAUUAUUAACACCGCAAAAAUGUCAAGACCUUUGGCCUGUGGAGCUACGCAUCGACGACUUGCAGGGCGGUUUGUGGAUUCCUGAGGAAGGCGCAGCCAACCCAACUGACAUCAGUCAGUCGUUAGCUCGUGGUGCUAUCAUGAAUGGUGUGAAGAUUUACGAGAAAGUGACCCUGGAUUCUGUGAUCACAGAAGGUGGUAUCGUGCAGGGGGUAGCCACAGACAAAGGGGACAUUAACUGUAGUAUAUUCAUCAACUGUGCUGGACAGUGGGCAAGAGACGUUGGACUGAAAAGUAACCCAGUAGUGAACAUCCCUCUUCAUUCCUGUGAGCAUUUCUACGUGGUCACCAAAGAUGUCCCAGGCGUCCAUUCCCUGUUGCCCAACCUUCGCGAUCCGGACGGCCAUAUUUAUUUCCGAGAAUGGAGCGGAGGGCUGAUGAUUGGAGGGUUUGAGCCCGAGUCUAAGCCGUGUUUUCACGAUGGGAUUCCGAAGAAUUUUGAAUUCCAGCUUUUGCCCGAAGACUGGGAUCAUUUCGAGGUCUUGUUGAAUGAGAUACUUCAUCGAGUACCUAUCAUAGAGAAUGUGGAGAUUCGCCAGCUUAUCAACGGACCAGAGAGCUUUACUCCUGAUGGACGAUAUAUACUCGGAGAAGCACCUGAGGUUCGUAACUACUUUGUAGCAGCCGGUAUGUGUUCUAGUGGUAUUGCUAGUGCGGCAGGAGUUGGUAAAGCCCUAUCAGAAUGGAUUACAGAGGGACACCCAACACUAGACAUAUGGCCCGUGGACAUCAAACGCUUCUCUCGUCACGAUAAUAAUAAGCGCUUCUUGCGUGACCGGGUCAAAGAGACUCUAGGAUGGCAUUACACGCUUCGAUUCCCGUACACGGAGAAUCAGUACGCGAGGAAGGUCAAGACAUCGCCAUUGUAUUCUCAGCUUGACGCGGCAGGAGCGGUGUGGGGAGAGAAAAUGGGCUGGGAGAGAGCUAACUGGUUUAGCCUGCCUGAAGAAGAACUCGAGUGGAAUAGUACAAUUCAAUCAAGUAAAAGUCCAUUCGGAAAACCAAGUUUCUUCAGGAAUGUACAGAUGGAGGUAAAAGCUUGUCACGAAAAUGUGGCUUUGGUUGACAUGACGUCCAUGGGCAUCUUCGAAAUCAGUUCAUUCCACGAGAAAUCAUGUGAACAGUUUCUACAGUUAUUAUGCGCAAAAGACGUCGACAUCCCAGUGGGUGGUGUGGUGCAGACAGCCCUGCUGAAUAAGGAAGGUUGUUAUGUGAUGGAAUGUACUGUAGCAAGAACUGACAAAAAUAGUUACCUCAUAAUCAUCCCAACUGCCUUCACCCAGGCUGCGCAUUUCUGGAUCUCACGGCACAUCCCUAAAAACUCCACGUUAACAUUAAGAGAUGUGCAGUCCUCUUACGUCGUUCUUGGAGUCCUGGGGCCGAAGUCGGAUCAACUGCUCCAGAGUCUGACCAGAACACCUCUCAACAAGGAAGACUACCCUAUCAACACCUUUAAGACACUAGAAGUGGUAUACGCAACUGAUGCCAAGGCUUUAAGAAGAACAAAUGUUGGUGAUCUGGAAAAAGGUUGGCAGCUAUUCAUCCCUACACAGUUCGCGCAUGGUCUGUAUGAUCAUAUGAUGACCGCUGGAAAGCCAUUCGGCAUCACCAACGCAGGAUGCUACUGUGUCGAUUCUCUUCGUAUCGAGAAAGGAUACCCACGAAUGGGGAUUGAAUUAACAUCAUUUGUCACUCCAUACGAAGCCGGCCUGGAGAACAGAAUUGACCUUCAAAAGGAAACCGAUUUUAUUGGCAAGGAAGCGCUGCAGCGCCUAGAAGGAAAGCCACUUAACAAACGGCUGAUAUUCAUGGCUUUGGAAGAACACGACAGCAACAACAUUCCCUGGGGAGGAGAACCAGUUUUCCGGAAUGGCAAAAUCGUAGGGUCAGUUUCGUCCGCGUCUCUCAGCUUCGUGCUCAACAAACCGGUGUGUAUGGGGUACGUAAAGAAUACAGAAGAACCUAUCACCGAUGAAUACAUCAGGAACGGUAACUUUGAAGUGGAUGUUGCUGGUCAGCGGUUCCCCGUGAAGGCUGCCUUGCAUAGAUUCAAAGAGCAGUCGACGGAAAAUUUUCUCAAUAAGGUUUUUAUAUGAAGUAUGACGCGACGUUAGACAAUGGUGGUGAGAACGUAAUGCGCAUGCGCAUGUUCGGAAAUAGGGCGAGAAUAGCUGAGCAUGCGCAAUUCUAGAUCUUGGAGUGUAACAAAGUGACCGAAAAAUCCCUUGGCAUAUAAAUAACAAUGAAACAGACGCCAUAUUGGUGGAUCUAACAAGAGAGGCUUAAUGAGGAACGAUUUGUUAUUGUCAACCAACAUGGCGGCUAUGACGUAACAUGCACGCCAAGAAUAUGGAAAAUGAAAAUUUGUGCGUUUUUAAUACCUUAAACCAAUGUUUCCUCUAAAUUCGAUAAACAUUAUAGGUUCUGGUCACGUUUAAUAACCAUAUAACGCACGAUGAACAGAAGUUGUUCAAACGGAAGCCAGACCAUAUUUCAAUGUAUGCCGCUAUCGCAGAAAAUGACAUUUACGUUGAUAACGCAUGCCCAUGCGCAAUACGUUGUCUCGCCACUGGCGAAAAGUAUAGGUAAAGGAUGCAAAAGGACUUGGAGUCACAACUAUUCUUUUAUUCUUAUUGGAUUUAUAUUUAAACAUUAAUUCAAAUUCGUUAUGAAACGAAUUUUUUUGAAAUGUUUUAUUUUUUAUGCUUGUGGCAGGCGCUUUUUUGAAUGGAAUUUGAAAAUCCGGCUGAGUUUUUGGAACAAAACAUAUAUUUAAUAAUUUAAAAGAUGAAAAUUGUAAAGUAAAUGAAAUUAAGGCAAUUGCCUUAACUGCAGCCCAAGAGAAUCUUUGAUCGCUUAAUAUUCUUGACGUACCUUUUCCAUAGAGGACCCCCAAAUAGCAAACAGCAUGAUUUUACAUCAAAAAUGGAUGCACCAAACAGAGUGUUUCACGGCAUUCAUGCUCAUAUUUUUGCAUCAUUUUAAAUUUCCCAAAAGAGAAAUGAUAAUGAUGAUGAUGAUAAUAAUGAUAAGGAUGAUGAUGACGAUAGUAAUAUUUUUAUUAUUCCUAACGCGCAAAUCAGCAUGUUCACAUGCAUAUGAUCAAGUGCGAGCUCAAAUUUAAUUUUGACGACGCUAGAGUGAAUCGAAUUUGACGCCUAAUACUAGAAUCGCCUGGAAGCCCAAGAGCUAAAAAACUCCCAAUUACGCAUCAUUGAUAAUUUAUUAAAAUUUCAUACACCAGGUUUGGGCGCUGGGGCCUGCUGCAUCUUAUUUACCAUGCAGUCUUCCUCGCAUCGCAAAACCACAGCGAUCCACUGCGUGAUAAUGAAGCUAAGCAGCUAAUAUUUAAUUUUUUAUCUUAAUUUAUACUUUCGUUCUAUUUAUUAUAAUUAAGGGCUAGAGAUUAAUGACUCUCAUGAAUGAAUCUUAAUGUAAAGUAAUUUGUUGGAUAAUAAGAUGAAUAAUUGAUAAGUUUUGUAAAAAAAACAAUAAUAAUUUGUUAAAGCGGGAAAUUGGAAUAAAAACAUCAAGAGUUUUACAAUAUUA